AUGCAAUUGUUUAUUAUUAUUAUCCUUGUUGUAUCUUUGGGGUUUGCUUUAAUUGGUAUAACAACUAAUUAUUGGUAUCAAAGUUUAUCUAAUGAAUUUAAUGAAGGUUUAUGGGUUAUUUGUCAUCGUCAAUCAACUUUAUCUUAUUCUUCAUUGAACAUAGAUAGUUGUCAUAAACAACCUUAUUUUAAAUCACAAGGUUUAGCUGUAUCGGCUCUUGUUAUUUUAUCUAUUUCUCUUAUUUUAUCAACAAUAAGACGAUAUAGAAAAAAUGAUCCUAUUUUAGUUUAUUUAACUAUUCUAUUACUUAUAAUUAGUAUUAUUCUCUCUAUUUUCAGUUAUUUAUUACAUCCAAGAGAUCUUAAUGUAAAUCAAUUCGGUUAUUCAAUUUAUUUUAUGUUAAUUAGUAAUAUUUUAAGUUUUAUUACGACAGGUUUACUUAUUUUUAGCGCAAUAAUGAUUCAACCAUCAUAA